UGUGGUAAGUAUAGACUUGUAGAGAACACUGAGAUGACAUUAAGGUACUUGUAGUAAGUAAGAGUUCUGUUCCUUCGAGGAGAAAAUAACAAAAAAGAACAAAGAAAAUGACCUCAACAUCUCUGUUAAAGUCAUCUCCAGUUGAUGACAAGUCUGAAUUCGUUAAGGGGCAAAGUCUUCGCCAAUCUUCUGCCUCAGUAUCCACUGCCACCCUAUAUCCACCUCUUCUCUCACAAUUCGUGCAACUUCUUCCUAUGCUGAUGAGCUUGUUAAGAUUGCUGUGCGUAAGUUUCAGUGCGCUCAUAAUGAUUUUAACUUUUGUACAUUGACAUGGCAAUAUACAAUUAAUUUGAGACCCUCUACCAAUCCACAACUGAUGGCCAAAAAAUGGUAGAUGUUCUUGUUGAACAAAACAUUGUUGCUGGUAUCAAAGUUGACAAGGGUUUGGUUCCCCUUGCUGGUUCAAAUGAUGAGUCAUGGUGCCAAGGUCUCGAUGGCCUUGCCUCGCGCACUGCUGCUUACUACCAACAAGGAGCUCACUUUGCCAAAUGUGAGCAUUCCCAACAGACCAUCUGCAUUGGCAGUGAAGGAAGCAGCCUGGGGUUUGGCUCGCUACGCAGCCAUUUCUCAGGACAGUAGUUUGGUCCCAAUAGUAGAGCCACAAAUAUUGCUGGAUGGUGACCAUGGCAUUGACAGGACUUUUGAGGUUGCGCAAAAAGUUUGGGCCGAGGUUUUUGUUUACCUAGUAGCUGAGGACAAUGUCAUGUUUGAGGGUAUUCUCCUCAAGCGAAGUAUGGUCACUCCUGGUGCUGAAUGCAAAGACAGAGCCACUCCAGAGCAAGUUGCUGAUUAUACUCUUAAGCUCCUCCAAAGAAGAAUUCCCCCAGCUGUACCUGGAAUCAUGUUUUUAUCUGGUGGACAAUCAGAAGUUGAGGCUACCUUCAACUUGAAUGCCAUGAAUCAUUCUCCAACCCCGUGGCACAUGUCCUUCUCCUAUGCUAGGGCGCUUCAAAACACUUGCUUGAAGACAUGGAGAGGACUACCUGAGAACGUGAAGGCUGCUCAGGACAAGUUGCUAAUCAGGGCUAAGGCCAACUCUCUUGCUCAGCUUGGCAAGUACACCGGUGAGAGCUAUGUGUACUAAGGACUAUGUGUACUAAGGACAUCGAUCAAAGUCUUGAACAUGAAGAACUGAUUUUUUUUUAAAAAUAAGUUGGAUGAUUAGUGUAGCAGAGGAAUGCAAAAUUGUGAUCUAUGGAGAAAAGUAUUUUUGUGAUAUAUAUGUGUGUGUGUGUAUAUAUAUAUAUAUAUUCUUGCUGAUUGAAACUAGUUAGUAGUAGCAUUUCAAAUAUAGGGCCAUUGUGUUGCAAGAAGAUUUCGUUUACAAUGUUUUUGUAACCAUUAGGUAAUGUGCUUUGGUUUAUCAUCUCAUAGAAUUGUUACUCAAGCACAAUGCCGGGAUGUGUAUGCCUA